AUGAAUCCCUUCAAAAAGCCUGUAAAUGGAGCAGAAAGAAACAAAAAUUACCGAAAAAGAAUAAGAGCAAAUGCAGAUUCAUAUGCAGCAUAUAAAGAAAAAGACAGGGAGCGCAAACGUGCAAGUAGAAAGAAAGUUUUGAGUCCAUUGGAAGCUGAAAAGCAGAGAAUCAAAUGCAGACAAAGAGUUAGAUUGCACAGGUUAAAGAAAAAAGCAGCUGCUACAGGAACUCCAGCCCCUGCUCAUGAUCCCAAUGAUAUCGCAUUUGCAUACAAAUCUCCUCAAGCUUUAGGAAAGGCAGUGCACAAACUCACUCCUCUUCUUCCUCACAGCCCAAGAAAAAGAAAGGCGGUUAUAUCAAAACUUGCCAAAUCUAGUGGUCUAUCAUUGUCAGAUAACACCCAGCAUUCACCUAGUGGUAAUAAGAAAAUAGAUGAAUCCACAGUUCAGUGUGUUCAAAAAUUCUACUUUCAAGAUUCAAUAUCUCGGCAAGCCCCAGGACGCCGUGACUAUGUGAUAGUAAGACAGCGUGGUAAGAAGUCAAAACUCCAAAAGAGACACUUAAUGUGGUCUUUGAAAGAGACAUUUGGAUUGUUUCAAAAAGAAAAUCCUGAUAUCAAGAUAAGUCUAAGUAAAUUUAGUUCCCUGCGACCAGUGAAUGUUUUAUUACAGUCAUCAAUGCCAAGAGAAGUUUGCCUUUGUAGGUAUCAUGACAAUGUGAAGAAUCUUUGUGACUGUUUAAGUAAAGAGAUUUCCAGUUUUCCUCCCUAUUCUGGAUCAUUUGUUGACCACCUAGUGUGUAACAGCAGCACAGAAGAUUGCAUGCUGAUUAAAUGUGAAAACUGCCCAAACUGGCUAGCAGAUGUCAAGAAAGAUGCCCCACUGGAUGAGCUUAUUAAAUGGAGUCAAUGGGAAAGAGUAACCCAUACAAUAACAACAAAACAAGGCAAGCCAAAAAUUGUCAAUAAGAUGGAGAAAGUGAUAAAAGAGGGAACUGUUGAGGAGGCACUUGACUGUCUUCAAGGUCAAAUUCCCUGUUUCCUAGAACAUGUCUUCAUUAAAAGAAAGCAAUCAACUUUUUUUGAAGACCGCAUAGCUCAGUUGAAAGCAGAUGAAGCUGUUAUUCAGGUAGAUUUCGCAGAAAACUAUACCUGCCAAUACCAAGAUGAAAUACAAGCUGCUCACUGGAGCCAAGAACAAGUAACAUUGUUCACUGUAGCCAUUUGGGUCAAAGAUGCAAGCAACACCACAACCUGUCACUCUCAUGUCAUUGUGAGUAAUGACCACAGCCAUGAAAAAAAAUCAAUUGCUGUUUUUGUGGACUUUGUGGUCAACUCUUUGAUAAGGAUGAGUUAUCCACAGAUUAAAGUCGUUGAUAUCUUCUCAGAUGGGCCCAAUUCCCAGUUUAAGAACAGGUACAUGGCCAAUUUCUAUAGAAUAUUACAGAAAAAAGGAAUGAAGAUUAAAUGGCAUUUUUUUGCCACUUCACAUGGCAAAGGAGUUGUUGAUGGCUUGGGGGGAACCGUGAAAAGAGUUGUGUGGACUGCAGUGUCGACCAGAAAAGUGCCACAGGUGUUAAAUGCAGAGGAAUUUGCCAAAGUUGCUACCCAAAUGUGCAAGUCAAUAGGCAUUCACCUGUAUCUGAAUGAAGACAUUGACAAAUCCAGCAGCAAACUUGGCCUUGAUGAGUGCUUUAAACAGGCAAAACCCAUUCCUGGAAUAAAAAAGAUCCACUGCUUGGAUCCAACAGAUGGAGAUCAUCUGCAUUGCCAUCUGUACUCAAAUCAGCUCUCUACACAUAACAAAAUUGAUUUGUCAAGUGACAAUUCAGGUUGCUCAGAUAGUGAAGUUUCAGUCUCUGAAGCUGGAAGCGAAGAUGCUGUAAGUGUUGAUGAUGAUGACAAUGGCAGCGAUGAUGAGGAUGAUGAUAGGGUUGAUGAUGAUGAUGAUGGCAGCAAUGAUGAAGUUGAGGGAAAUGUUGAUGAUAAUGAUGAUAGCAACGGUGAUGAUGACAGUGUUGAUAAUAAUAGUGAUGGUGCCAGAGACAGUGAUAUUCAAAUUGAAUUAGGCUUGCCUAAUCACAUCAAAGAAUGUUUCAACAAAGAGUGUGAUGAGUUUGAACUUCACCCAUGUGGUAACUUUCUGGUACAGUUGAUUAUGGGCGAAGGAGUUGAUUUUGAGGGUGAUUCAUUAAUUGUUAUGAAUGACUUGAAAGAAUUAGAAGGAAAUCUUCCUCAGGAUGAAUUGAAAUGGCUUUCGAAUUUUGUCAUUGAUUCAUAUCUAAAAAUACUAAAAUCAGAAAGCGCUGGUGUUGAAGUGUUCGGGUGGGAAGAAUUUGAGAAAGGAGUGGGGAAAAGGAAAGUGGAACAGCUUCUUCAAGGCAAAGGGAAUCUAUUACAACAAAAUGCAGUAUUUUUCCCCUGCAACAGUCCAAACAGUGAGCAUUGGUUUCUUGGAGUGGUGCUUCCAAUGGAAAAGAGUCUUGUUGUCCUUGAUAGUUUGCCUGGGCAAUUCGUUAAGCCAACAGUAUCCAGACGGGUGAAAAAGAUGAUGUCAUUCCUCCAAAGGACAGACACGUCUAUCAACAUCAGCGAAUGGUCUUUCUAUGUCAAUAAACCGGGUGAGAUUCCCCAACAAGUGAAUCAAUUUGAUUGUGGUGUUUUUACUUGUCUAUACGCAAGAUGUUUGGCAACCAAAUGCCUCAUGAUAACUCAGCCACACAUUCCAGCAUACAGGAAACUGAUGAUUAAAGAACUACAUCAAAAGAAGCUUUCUCCCAUUCCACCAACACCUGUCCAAAAAGGAGAAUACUAUGCAGUUGACUAUGUGAAGAAUUUUUACAUUGGCAGAGUUUUGGAUGUCACUAAAGAUUGUGUACAGUUUAAGUUUCUGCAUAAAGUUGGGGCAACGACCUUCCAUUGGCCUAGAAGAGAGGAUGUGGACCAAGCACACACUUCAAGUAUAUUUUAUGGUCCAGUUACAGUACCUAGUUUUAUUAGUGGACCUUUCACAAUUCCAGAACUGUCACACGUAGAAAAACUUUUCAAACUCAUUAGAAAGUUCAGAAAGUUCUCAAAGUAA